UGCUGAUGCUCCCGGGCCUCGCCCAGUCAGAUCCCUCCUACCGCCCUUUUCAUUGGGAGCAGAGGGACGGGGCGUCCUCAAGGCUGGGAGCAGGAAACAGAACCGAGGAAAGGAAUUUCUCUCACCUGCUCCGUUCCCGGUUCCAGAUCCCUGGGGGUCGCGGACGGAAGAAAAUGCGUCUGAGGUAGAGAGCUUCAGAGAGUCUUGGAGCGGGACAACCAGGUAGAAAGAGGUGGUUAGAGAGAAGGAGAGCCUUUCGCAACGCGGAAACUGCCCUCGGGUGUCCCACAAGAUGCAGGAUCCGCAGGUACUGGAGAACUUCCUCCCCGACUCCAGCACGAGACCCAGUAAACCAUGCAGCAAGCGGACUCGCCCCUGGGUGGUGGUGUUGGCCGUGUUGGUGAUCCUGGUAUUCUUGGGGGCUGUGGCUGGGAUUCUCUACUGGUACUUCACAGGUGAUGACAGCAAUGCAAAUAAACCCCAGGAGGGCAAAGCACUCCGGGUCUACAGUGGGCACCUCACCCUCGGCAAUGUGCAGUACAGCAGCCGCCUGGAGGACCCGCAGUCGGAGGAGUUCCGUAGCCUUGCCAAGAAGCUGGAACAGAUGAUCAACUCUUCCUGUCAGAAGAUUCCCGAGCUGUCUCCGUACUUCGUCAAUGCCCGCAUAUUUGAUUACAGUGACGGAAACCACAUCCUGGCCUACUACUAUGCCAUGUUCGCGAUUCCACCUGAGGACAAGGUGGUGCUGGACAAGUUCAGUGAGGACGCGCUGACCAAACAACUGAAGGAGGAUUUGCUGUCUCACUUCAGGUCGUCGGCCACAGACAUCAUCGUCAGAUCGGUGACCUCCUCGUUGGCAAACCCGGAUCUUGUGGUUGCUCCAGAAAAAAGGCACUGCUACAAUGACCUGCGGGCCACAGGCAGCCCGAAGGAAUUCACAUCGCCGGGCUACCAUGAAAAUGGCUACCCCAACGACGUUCACUGCCAGUGGGUUCUGCGGGCUGACCGGGACCAAGUGAUCUACCUCGAGUUCCAGGACUUCAAUACUGACGAUGACUGCGGCAAUGAUUUUGUCAUGGUGCACGACUCGCUUAGCCCGGCCGAGGAUGACGUCAUCACCAAGAAGUGUGGGAAGCGACCCUCCAAACACCACUUGGCCGUGCUGUCCUCGGGACCAGUGAUGCUGGUGACUCUGUUGAGUGACGGGAGUUCCCGGUACCGUGGCUUCGCCGCCACCUUCCACCAGCUGCCCCGCAUGAAGCGGUGUGGCCGUACACUGACAGCUGUGGCCGGAAACUUCUCCACCCCCUACUACCCCUCCUUCUACCCUCCCAACAUCGACUGCGUGUGGACCAUCAAGGUGCCAUCGGAAAUGAAGAUCCGGAUCAAAUUCGAAAUGUUCCGGAUGGAAGAGCCCGGUGUCCGGAACAGGAGUUGCAUAAAGGAUUACAUGGAGAUCAAUGAGAAGAGGUACUGCGGCGAUUACUCCCUCCUCAAUUUCAACUUUGACGCGUCGGAGGUGCAGGUCCGGUUCCACUCGGAUGAGUCCCACACGGACAAAGGGUUCGUGGGCAAGUACACCGCGUUCAGCCCCAGCAACCCCUGCCCUGGCAAGUUCACCUGCCGGUCCGGACUGUGUAUCGCCCUAAACCUGCGCUGUGACGGCUGGAACGACUGCGGAGACCUCAGCGACGAGCUCAACUGCGGUGAGUGCAGACCCGGGGCCGCCCCUCUUCCCUGCAGCUCUCCCUCCCUCUCAGGUUCCAGCUCCAUCUCCUUGCAGAAGGCGGAGGUGAAGAUCAUUAACGACACGGUGUGCAGUGUGGUUACCGAGGGACAGGUCACCUCCCGCAUGCUCUGCAGUGGCUACCUGGCUGGGGCCAUCGACGCCUGCCAGGGUGACUCCGGUGGCCCCCUCUCCUGCCAGGAGAAUGGCAAGUGGUUCCUGGCCGGAAUCGUGAGCUGGGGAGAAGGUUGUGCUCGGAAGAACAAGCCGGGGGUGUACAGUCGAGUGACGACGCUGCGGGAAUGGAUUCGGGAGCAGACAGGCCUCUGAGAGAGGCUCCGUCUACAUACUGUCGAUCGACCAACACUCAGGACCUGAUCUCUCCCCCGACCAUGGUUCUAUUGUACAUAAUUCGGUCUUUAUGCCCUUCAAUAACCCGCGAUAUUCCCCUCCAGAAUUUGGAAUAAGGAUUCACUGCCUGAGACUUGAAUUGUUUCCCAUCUCACUAACCCCAACGG